CUUGUUGCUCCAGAGAAUAAUUGUUUUUCACAUUACUUUCGUUACCCUGUAGUGCCUGUUUACUCGUAUGAGCAAAAAUGCAAAAUAUAGUAAAAGUAAUCAUCAUCGCCCUUAGCAUGGGUUCCGCCGUUGCCAUUCGUUGCUACCAGUGCUCAUCGCAAACGGACCCGAAAGGCAUCGAUAACUGUGGUGCAUACAAAGCCUUCAACAAGACACAAAACAUCGCGAUUGAAUGCAACAGCGAUGAGUCUCACAUGCCCGGUUCUUUCUGCAUGAAGGUGGUGCAUCAGAGUCCACGAGGAUUUAUCUGGGAUGGACGAUGGCGUCAAGUAAUCCGACAAUGCGCUUCCGUAUCGGAGACGGGUGUGACCGGAGUGUGCAACUGGGGCGUGUACGAGAAUGGAGUCUAUUGGGAGGAAUGCUACUGCGUGGAAGACGAGUGCAAUAGCGCACCGAAACUGACAAUGGAUCCACUUGCCGUAGUGUCGCUGGUUGGUUUGGUGCAACUGAUGGUGCUAACUAAAAUUUUAAUGUAAGCCAAUCUGGGGGAACAAGUACAUCCGUCCGUUGAAAACUCACUAGCGUGCCGUUUAACAACUCCGUCCAUGCAAUAAUUUUCCGUCCACAUUC